GCUAAACCAUUUUUUAAUUGUGCUGCUAUAGAUACAUAGAAGCACCAAAGGUCUGUCGUUGGACUUAAUUUUCGGUAAUAGUGCGGGUUAGUGGCAAUGGAAGAAAGGACGAUGGCUGCUACACUAAAGUUAACAUUUGUUGCCCUGCUGGUGCUGAUGGCCACUCUACCACAACACUCAGAUGCCAAUGGCAUUGGUGACUGUUAUGAAACCUGGAGUCGUUGCUCUGAGUGGAGUAAUUUCUUAACUGGCAUUCUCUGGAAGAAUUGCAAUGACAGAUGUAUUGAGUUGGGAUAUAGAUGUGGCAAUUGCGUUUUAGUACCUUCAAAUUGUCCCCUCGCUACAAUGGCGUACCAGUGUCAAUGUUCAUAGGCCAGACAAGGGGGAUAAGUCAGGCAUUUUGAGAUAAAGGCUGUAACGUGUGGUUACCAGUUUAAGCUUACACGUUUCCUUUUAAAUCAUGUGCCUACUAAUUAUCAAUCAUAAAAGUAUUGUGUCUAAAUUCCAAAAUAUUGUUACCGUUUUAUGAUAAAUGUAUCAUUUAAACUUUAAAUAAUGAAAACUUAA